AUGCUCUGGACGGUAGAGUACACGGACACACGUGGCUGCCCUGGACUGGGGGGUGCAGAAUUGAGCAAAAACGACUUACAGUUGAGACAUUCUCGGAAAUUGCGAAAUCGGCCUUGCAUUACAGCUGAAUCAACCAACCACAGCGCGGUUCGUUAUGAAUCUCGUCGCACGCCAAUCGCACGCGCACCGCCCGUCGGUGCGCCAGCCUGGCACCUGCCGCAACUAAAGCCCCCGCGGGAGCACACCACGCGCGUCCCCGGGCACGCGAAAGCAAGACACGAUGACAGGCGCGGCGACGCGCUCGACGCUACGGCAGCUGAUCCGUGCACAGCGCAGGGCGUUCGCGGGCGACGCGGAGAUGCUGCGCUCUGCUCACGCCGCGAUCCUGCAGCAGUUCCGCGACAACCGCGACGCCGCCGCGGACAAGGUCCCCGCCAUGCUCAAGACGGCCGACGAGGCGAUCGACUUUCUGCGCAACAAUAUCGUCCAGGCCCCGCUCAACGAGCGCGGAAACUACCAGGUCGACGCCACGCGCAUCGACGAGUCGCACACCAAGUGAGGGAGUCGCCGCCGCGCGGCGCGCACCCAUUUUUCACGGCCGAUCUAUUACAGUAUAUAGACAAAGGGAAGCAAAAGAAGAACAAACAAAAACAAACCAAAAAAAAAAAAAAACGUUUACUCCCAGCCCAGUAG